AUUUGAAAGUAGUGUCCGUUUGAAUUUAGAACUUGAAUUUAAAAUCUAUGAUAUGAUAAAAAAGCUUCUUGUUCUGAGUAGAAAAUUGAAUGCAACCAACGAAACACAUUAACUAACGCACUUUUCCACCUCAGAAUUUAAAACCACACUGUCCUUUCAUCUUCUCCACCAACAAGAGAGAGAAAGUAGUUAUGACGGGACUUGUCAUGGUUACCAGAGGCGGAGGAAGUAAGAGAACGAGAGAAGCACGGGUGGCUGAGGAAGAGGAAGAGCGGAACCAGCUUUCGCUUGUGGCGUUGCUGUUGGCUGCUAUUAGGAAAUCUAUGGUGGCAUGCAGAGUGGAUAGACCUGAUGAGGUGAUUUCGAGUGUUGGUCAGAUGGAGAUCGGGUGGCCGACGGAUGUUCAGCAUGUUACUCAUGUUACGUUUGAUCGGUUUAAUGGGUUUCUUGGGCUUCCGGUUGAGUUUGAAGUUGAGAUCCCGGGGCGUGUUCCCAGUGCUAGUGUAAGUGUGUUUGGAGUCUCAGCUGAAUCUAUGCAGUGUACUUAUGAUUCAAAAGGAAACAGUGUCCCUACUAUUCUCAUGUUAAUGCAGGAUCGUUUAUAUUCCCAGGGAGGAUUGAAGGCUGAAGGUAUAUUUCGCAUAAACCCAGAAAAUAGUAAAGAGGAGCAUGUGAGAAACCAAUUGAAUAGUGGUAUUGUGCCUGAUGACAUUGAUGUCCACUGCUUGGCGGGACUGAUCAAAGCGUGGUUCCGAGAGCUUCCUUCCGGAGUGCUAGACGGUCUUUCCCCUGAACAAGUUCUUCAAUGCAACACAGAAGAAGAAUCUUUUGAGCUUGUGAAGCAGCUUAAACCAACCGAGUCAGCCUUACUCGGCUGGGCUAUUGAUCUCAUGGCUGAUGUUGUCCAAGAAGAGGAACAUAACAAAAUGAAUGCAAGAAACAUUGCAAUGGUUUUUGCUCCAAACAUGACUCAGAUGUCUGAUCCUCUAACUGCGCUAAUGCAUGCGGUUCAAGUGAUGAACUUGCUAAAGACGUUGAUAAUGAAGACCCUUAGGGAACGUGAAGAAACAGCAACAGGUGGAUAUUCACCCAUGUCUUUUCGGACAUCAUUUCGCCGGUCAGAGGAUGAAUACGACAGUCAGCGAGAAACAGCUACGUGUGGAUAUUCACCCAUGUCCUAUCGCUCAUCCUAUCGUCCAUCUGAGGAUGAAUAUGACAGUCAACUAGAAAUAGACGCAAGCGGUGAAUUGAAAGGGACCAAAUCAGAUUUCAAUGAUCACACUCAUUACAGAAAUAGCAGUGAAGAGGAAUUGGAGGCUGAAUCUCUGACCGAGAUAGAAGAAUGCUUCUUAAAACAGUUGGACGAGAAUGUGAGUACAACCAAAGAAUUCUCAGAAGAAGAACCUGCAGAUUAUUUGCAAGAGUGUGUGAGCUCCAAAAGUUGCUGCGACUAUAGUGCAGAACCAGCUUUAUCAAUUACAGAUAGCAAAACUGUGAAUUCGUGCUUGAGUUCGGACAAAGAAAAGAUAAAUGUUGACGCAAUGAUUCCGUUAAUAGGGUGGACAGACACAGAUGAUGUGGAGAUGGUUGAUAAAUUCACAGAUUCGGUUUCGCCAGUGCCGCUGCUUGCAUCUAGCUAAGAACUUGUUUUCUUUUUAGUAGAAUUUGAAGUACCUUGUUUCAGAUUUUCUCUGUACUAGCAGUUGUGCAUGUGUAUAUGAUUACUACAUGGAGUAGGAACUGUUUGCUUAUUGUGUAUUGUGGACAGAUUAUGUUCAGUUUAGGGCUGAAUUUGAGCUAGUUCUGUUUUGUAUGUUUCUGUACUUGACAACUCUAGCCAUCACAAAUGAGGAUGGCUAUUGGUUAAGGAGUAGCUACAUUUUCAUAUUUCAGUUAGGUGAAAAUUCUAAGCAUAGCAUUGAUUGAUUUAACAUAA